AUGUCGAUAGAAGAAGCAGAUAUACCAUCCGCGACGCCACUAGACUUGCUUAUCAAUGCAAUAGCAGGAUCAACCGAUUACAUUUACCCACCUCCUUCCUAUCAGGACCAUUUACCGAGGGAAACAAACAAUGUUUCUGUCGCUCAGCUUAACGAGGGGAGAUCUACCCAUUUGGAUGAUUUCAUCAGUACCAAAGUUGGGGACCCCUCGAACGCCAGUAACUUUAUGAGACAAUUACCUUCACCUACCCCUCGUCAUAAGGAAAUCGCAAAAACCCUUUACGAUCAUAUCGUCAAAGCCUCGGCUGAGACAACAGACCCCUCGGAAGGAUCGUCAAGCCAACUUCGAUCAGACAGGACUGUCGUAGAAGUGUGGCAUCCUAUCACUGGUCAAAAAAGCUAUGGCAAGGAAAGAAGAAUUAUAGCCCCUCCACCUAAAUUAUGUAUUGCUGGUCCACUUGCUUCAUCCAUAAGCUCAGUCACACUAUCGACAACCUCUGAAAGGGAUUCAGCUCCUUCGUCCAGUAGUCAGACACAUCUCAUCGCGUCAUCAUCCACCUCACCCCUUUCUGACACUCUCGCGGUGGGAGGUAUACGAGCCGAAAGACAAGAUCGGAAACGUAAGUUCCGAGAAGCAGCUAGAACCGCUGGCUUUGGAGCUACACUACCCAAAGUUAGGUCGAACGUCGAAGGCAAAAAUAGGGAUGUGCUGGAAGACGGGCUGAACUUUCCUGGAUUAUGGAUCGGUGAUGAGAUUGGUAAAAACAAAGAAUUCUGCUUGGAAUUGAAGGUUAAUAUCGAAAAUCCACAGCAGGCCGAAACAGCUAUCAAUCUGGCGGAGGAUCGAACCGAGAUUGAUCGAGCUGUACAGCAGGAUAUUGAGAACGGAACUUUCGAUGGGAUUGAUCCUGUCACGUCUUUAUCUGAAGAACUUGAUCCUUCUUCUAUCGAAGUACUUCAACCCCUAGCAGAAGCGGUGCAACAAGUGAAUGAAGCUGCGAGACAGACUUUAGCCGCUCAUUUGCCUGACAUCGCAAGCUCAGCCUUUGAUCAACCACAAGCAGACUCGCAAAAUCAACUCCACAAUGAAGCGGAGUAUAAGCCUCCAACGUUACUGCCGUAUGCUACGUUCCUUUCUUCGCCUCUUAAAGUAGUCUCGAAACCAUCACAAAAGACGGCAAAGGCUCGUUCUAUGACAAGCUGUUUUUCGAUCAAUUCUUCAUUUGCCUUGUGGACAAGAAUUCAUGCCCAAACAGUUAGAACAAAGUAUAUGAAUCUGGAAACCAAUUUCAACGAUAAAGAGGGCGAAGCCAGAUUGACUUCGAAAACGGGUAAAUGGACGCCUUUCAAAUUUCAGGUCAUAUACAGAGCUUCUCCUCCACCUAUAGAAAAAAAGGAGAAGAACAAACCCAAUGGUCAGAAUGAAAAUAUCAGUAGCGUAAUAGAAGUAUUAGAGAAUGAAGAUAUAUUGACCUAUGGUUCAAUCGUAAUUUUGGUGGAUUUACAGAGUGGAAUUAAGAGCGAUCCAGUCAAGAUUGUCAAGAUUGAUAGUGGUGAGGCGAAAGUGGGAGAAAAUGAAGGUCAUCCCAUCAGCGAACUACAACGGAUAGGUUUAGUAAGAUUGAAUCACAAUCAUGGAAUGGAGGACAUGAAAGAUGGUGGAAGAUGGUACUUGUCAGCUCCUGGUGCCAGAUUAGGUGGAGGCGAAUUGAAUCUUGAUGGUAAAUCAUCUGGAAGAGGUGGAAGAGCUAGGCCGUCCUUUGCACCUAAAUCUUCGAAAACAAUUGUCUCUGAGAAGACGAAAGAUGUUAUACCGCCACCUGAAACCCUCAAUAACAUUGAAGCCGAAGAUACAUCAGCUAUAUUAGCGAGUGAAAAUAGACUACCUCAAGAUGAAGAAAAGAGGGAUCAAGGGGAACAUUCGGACGAACCUCCUAAAAAGAAGAAGAAAACCAAACGAAAUGCCCUGGCCGCUGCUGUAUUAGCAGAAGAUGAGGACGGUGGUAUGCAGACCGUGCUAUCAUGGGUCAAGGCUGAUCGAGAGGAACAAGGCGCAUUCACAAUUGAGAGGUCAGAAGAUAAAAGAGGUACGUUCAUUGAUGUAGUGGAAGAAUGGAUGUCUUGGAUAAUAGGUGGAGUUGCUUGUUCAUCAUACAGCUUCUUUCCUGCUUCCGACUCGAGAUCACCCCUCCUUCAAGCAGAGAAGACUUCAAUGAACCCAGUUCCUCGAAUAUUGAUUCCACCGACAUUUGAUUCGGAAAACAAUACCCUCGAUCUGACAAUAUCACAGUUCGAUUUCCCGUCUAUCUCAAAUUCAGCUGAACAAGAACAAUGCGAGAUUUAUCUCGGUCCAAUAGGUCCGUUAUAUACUACACUGUGGAGAUCGACUGCCCCUAAGGAUACACCAACACUUGCAAUUCCAUAUGUACCGGAAUCGAACCAGGAUGGACGAGUGUUCUCUACAUACCCUGCGGACAAGACACAUGCCAUCGCUCAGGUGACCAUGCCGAACGCAGAGAAGAUAUUGGAAGUCAUGCAAGAUCUAGCUAGAAAAGUCCAAUUGCGUAAAUUCGAAACAUCGUCAACAGCAGUAGAUCGAGGGGAUAAUCAUGUUGUCACAACGAUCAAUGAUACUCAAGUAGAUGUCAAUGGGACCACAGAGACAGGUCAGGUGAUCGAUCAACGUCAAGAGGACACAUGGUUUGAUCAUUCCCAUCAAGCAGAGGAAGACAAUAGAUCCAAUGAGUUAUCGAUUACUCAAGCAUUGGAAAUGGCACCUGAAUUCAACGCUUUACAUGAUUUGGGACCCUUUGAGGAUGAUCUUUCCUCAAUAGUCAAUACCAAUACUCAGGAGCAUGGCGAAAAUCAUCGUGAUCGCAUUGACCCGUCUUCCGUGGCAAGAACAGGAGAAGGAGAUGUGAUUGAUCCUUCUUUACGUGAUUAUCCUGAAUAUAUUCCAUCCAUCGAAUUAUCAGAUAACUUGCAACAGCAAGAGCCACCUCAAGAACAAGAGCAAGGCCAAGGAGUAGGAAAAGACAAUUAUGAUACGAUCAGAUUGUAUACACCCGAAAAAUCGAAUUCAACACCAGGAGCAAAAGACAAAGAUGGACAGAAUGAGUUGAUACCUUUACCAUUCGUGUUAGUUAGGAAUGAUGGGAUGAUCUUUGAAAUUGGUAAACAGGUUGUCGCUACCCUGAUCCAAAACGACCAAGAUAAAGGUGAAAAUGGAAGUGAAGGUGUAAGAGAAGGAGUCAAAUGGGGUCUAAGAGUUGUCUGA